AUGUUUGGAGCAACGGAUGAUGAUGAUUUACAUGACUUGGAUAUUAUUCAAGAAGCUUGUUCUCUAGGUGGACAGCCAAUGUCGAACAAAGGUAUUAAGGAUAUUGUAGAUUCGUGUACUGAUGGGCCUCAAUUGGCAUCGCAAGUUGCAACUUCUUCGAAUGAUUUUAGGACUAAAUUUAUAGUGGAACAUGAAUCUUACAUGACAAUUCGUAGUACUAAAAUUAGAGUCAGCCAUAACCUCUCGAGAAUAUUUGAUACUAAUGAAGAUGAUGUAAUAAUAGAUUACUUCAUUCAUGGAUUGGGAGGGAAUCUAGAACAAUUCGAACCAUUACUCAGGUUGGAUGAUCUCUGUGAUAGAUAUUUUAUUGCUAUUGAUCUCCCAGGAUUUGGGAAAAGUGAAGAGUACAAUGAUUAUUCAAUGAAUACUAUAGUAGAGAUAGCUCACGAAAUACUAAUUGGAAUAUUAAAAGACAAUAACCGAUAUAUAAAGAAUUGUAAGCUCAAUAUUAUUGGACAUUCGAUGGGUUGCUAUAUAUCUUUGCAUUAUUUUCAAAAAUAUGUUGACGAAUUUAAGGUUUUGUCUCUGAUCUUAUUAGCACCACCUAAGUUAUAUAUUUCGCAACUACGGAAAGGUUAUACCCUUACUCGAUUAAUAUUAUACGCUCUAUCUAUAUUCCCUUUUGCAUUUGAUUAUUAUAGAACUCGUUUUGAUCAAAGUAAAGGUUUGAAAAGUUCUGGAAUUAGAGAUUUCUUCCAUAACAAUUCAAAUGAUAAUAUUGAUUUACAAUAUAGAAAAUUAUGGCAAUAUCAAAAUAAUAUUCAAAUUAAAAGUAAAAGUAUUGUUGGUUAUUUAAGAGGUUGGGAACAAGUUGACUGGAAAAAUAUAGAGGCCAUUAUAAAAUCACAAAAUUUGAAGUCUUCUCUUAAAUUAUUGGUUAUCGGUGGAAAUCAGGAUGUGGUCACACCUAUAUCUGACAUUCAAAAAUUUUCAGAUACUUUACCAAUUGUAGAUGACAAAAAAUUGGAGAUUAUUGAGAAUUGUGCUCAUAACAUUUGUUUCGAUCGUCCAGAGAUGAUAUGUGAAAUAUUUCUUAAGGAUGUCGUGAAAAAGUUAUAA